AAGGUACUAUAGCCAAGCUUAGAGCCAGAGAUUAGCCAGGUGCUUGGGCACAAAGUCCAGGUGCUUAGCCAGGUGCUUGGGCACAAAGUCCAGGUGCUUGGGCACAAAGGCUUGCACACAACCGAGUAUAGCUACUCAUUCAUCAGUCUCGGUCGACGCCCUGUCGUCUCGUGCGCGCAUCGGUAUGGGUGAGCUCAGCACCCCGGGCGCGUCGUGGGCCGACGCGCGGGCGCGGGCCCUGGCGCGCCUCGGCGACGCGGCGCUGGACCGCGCGCCGGCGGGCGGCGUCGACGCGGCGGCCGCGCCGCUCGUCGGGGCGAUCAACGGGCGCGCCGCGUACGCGACGACGAGCACGUGCGCGGGUCGCUGCGCCGUCUACGCCGCGCCCGCCGGGGCGGGCCGCAAGCGCCGCGGGCGCUGGCUCUUCGUCAGUCACGACGGCGUCGCCGGGGCGGCGGUGGGCCGCGCCGUGGCCGCGCUCGCGGCGGAGGCGACCGCGUGGCCCGCCGGCGAGCGCUGGACGGUCUCGCUCAAGUUCGAGCCGCCGAUCGCGCACGUCCGCUGCGCGACCCUCGCCGCGGCGCGGCGGCUCGUGCGGGUAUGCCACGCCAGCGGCUGGCGCGAGACGGGCUGCAACCUGGCCGACGUGCCGACCGUCGCCGUCCGGUCCACGGGCGCCGCGCUCGACUGUCCGCUGGGCGAGGUGACGCGCGACGGCGCGCGGCACGUGCCCAGCGCCGAGCGGCUCGACUUUCUCGCGGCCGAGGCGGCGCGGCGGCUCGCGGCCGCGCGCGUCGCGCUCGACGGCCUCGCGCGCGCCGUCGCGUCGGAGCUGGGCGACGACGCCGGCCCCGGCGCGGCGGUGGCGGCGGCGGCGGCGGUCGUCGUGCCGCGCGCGCGCGCCAAGGCCGUCAAGUCGGCGCUCGAGGCGCGCGGUGGGUUCGACAAGAACUUCUCCGUCGCGCCGGCGGGCGCCGGCGGCGCGCUGGCGAUCCCGCUGACGCGCGCCGGUCUCCGGGCGGUGGAAGCGCGCGACCCCGGCGUGGAGGCGGCGCUCGCGGGCGCGGCGGCGACGGUCGUCGCAGCGCCCGACCUGCCUCCGUCCAGGGCGGCGCGCCGGAAGGCGGGGCGCCGGCCGUCGCUCGCGGACCUCCUCCGCGAUCGGUCAACGGCGCCUGCCUCGGACCGCCUGCGGUGGACGCGGCUCGGCGACGACGCCGUGCUCGUGCCGCCGGACGUACCGGUCGGCGACGGCGACGGCGCGUUCUGGGCGCGCGUCGCGCGCGCCGCAGGCGCGUCGCGCGUGUUCCGGGACGCCGAGAUCGCGCCGGACGGUUUCCGAAGCUCGCGGCGCGUCCUGCUGCACGGGCCCGGCGGCCCGGACUCGUCGUGGGUCGUCGUCCGCGAGGCCGGCGUCGCGUACGGGUUUGACGCCACGCACACCAUGUUCGCCCGGGGCAACGGGUCGGAACGCAUGCGCUUCGGCGCGCUCGACGCGAGGGGGGAGACGGUCGUCGACCUCUACGCGGGCGUCGGCUACUUCGCGCUGCCCCUUUUGUGCCGCGCCGGCGUCGCGUUCGCGCACUGCUGCGAGUGGGCGCCGGCCGCUGUCGCCGCCCUGCGGCGGAACCUCGCGGCGAAUGGCGUCGCGGAAAGCCGGUACGCGAUCCACGUCGGCGACUCGUCGGCGGUCGCGCCGGCGCUCGGCCGCGUCGCCGACCGCGUGUCGCUGGGGCUGACGCCGUCGUCGCGGCGCGGCUGGCGCGCCGCCUGCGCGGUCCUCAAGGACCGCGGCGGCGUCCUCCACGUCCACGAAAACGUCCGCGUGCCGGCCGGGUCCGCCGCCGCCGACCGCGCGCGCUUCGAGGACUGGGGCCGCGGCGUCGCGGAGAGCGUGGCAGAAAUCCUGCGCGAGGCCCGGGGGGGCGCCUGGGACUGCGACUGCGCCCUCGUCUCGCGCGUCAAGGACUACGCGCCGCGCGUGCACCACCUCGUCGCCGACGUGGCGUGCCGACCGCGACGUCCUCCAGAAAGCCCCGGAGCGACCUGUGCGGCCGGGCUAGGCGCGGAUGUGUUAUGUGACCUUUCCGACUACUGCACGCACUCUGAAUCCUUUUCCGUCCUCCACCGAGUUCGGCAGACCCGUGGCGUUGCUAUUUUGACCAAGAAACUUCGGGUUUGGGGAGGCGGACUCCGGGGAGAUGUCGGGGAGCUACCUCCCGCGAGCGGGAACGUAGGCUUGUUGCCAGAUCUCUCGCGGCCGCUAGCCGCGGUAGCCGGGCUAACCCCCGCCCACACGCGUGGCCACAAUCCAGAGGUUUGAUUCUAUUUUUGUCAUCUAAGUUAGAUUGUAAAGCUAUAUAUGGGACCGUCAAUAUCGCGAAUUAA